CCGAGGCCCCGCCCCACCAAGCCUAGGUAACGGCGAGCGAGGAGUCCGAGCGCGGUGAGCGGCCGGACUGCGAACACGAGUUGGGAUGGCCACCAGCUGGGGGAGCCUCUUGCAAGAUCAGCAGCAGCUGGAAGAGUUGGCCCAGCAGGCCAUUGACCGGGCCUUGGCUGAAGGAGUGCUGCUGAGGACCGCGCAGGAGCCCAGCUCCUCCGAAGUGGUGAGCUAUGCCCCAUUCACGCUCUUCCCCUCGCUGGUCCCCAGUGCUCUGCUGGAGCAGGCCUAUGCUGUGCAGAUGGACUUCAACCUGCUGGUGGAUGCUGUCAGCCAGAACCCUGUCUUCCUGGAGCAAACUCUCUCUAGCACCAUCAAAAAGGACACCUUUACUGCUCAUCUGUUUGACAUCUACAAGCAAGUCCUGAAAGAGGGCAUUGCCCAGACUGUGUUCCUGGGUCUGAACCGCUCAGACUAUAUGUUCCAGUGCAAUGCAGAUGGCUCCCAAGCCCUGAAGCAGAUUGAGAUCAACACCAUCUCUGCCAGCUUUGGGGGCCUGGCUUCCCGGACUCCAGCUGUGCACCGACAUGUUCUCAAUGUCCUGAGUAAGACCAAAGAAGCUGCCAAGAUCCUCUCCAAUAAUCCCAGCAAAGGACUGGCCCUGGGGAUUGCCAAAGCCUGGGAGCUCUAUGGCUCAGCUAAUGCCGUGGUAUUAUUGAUUGCUCAAGAGAAAGAAAGAAACAUAUUUGACCAGCGUGCCAUAGAGAAUGAGCUACUGGGCAGAAAUAUCCAUGUGAUCCGGAAAAGAUUUGAAGACGUCUCUGAAAAGGGGUCUCUAGACCAAGACCGAAGGCUGUUUAUGGAUGGCCAGGAAGUUGCUGUAGUUUAUUUCCGGGAUGGCUACAUGCCGAGUCAGUAUAAUCUACAGAACUGGGAAGCACGGCUGCUGCUGGAGAGGUCAUGCGCCGUCAAGUGCCCAGACAUUGCCACCCAGCUGGCUGGGACCAAGAAGGUACAGCAAGAGCUGAGCAGAGCGGGCCUGCUGGAGAUGCUACUCCCUGGCCAGCCUGAGGCCGUGGCCCGCCUCCGUGCCACCUUUGCUGGCCUCUAUUCACUGGACCUGGGUGAAGAAGGGGACCAGGCCAUCGCGCAGGCCCUCGCUGCCCCCAGCCGCUUUGUGCUGAAGCCCCAGAGAGAGGGCGGAGGUAAUAACCUGUACGGGAACGAUAUGGUGCAAGCUCUGGAGCAGCUGAAGGACAGUGAAGAGAGGGCCUCUUACAUCCUCAUGGAGAAGAUUGAACCUGAGCCUUUUGGGAAUUGCCUGCUGCGGCCUGGAAGCCCUGCCCGAGCAGUCCAGUGCAUUUCUGAGCUGGGCAUCUUUGGUGUCUAUGUCAGGCAGGGAAAGACACUCGUGAUGAACGAGCACGCGGGGCACCUGCUUCGAACCAAAGCCGUCGAGCAUGCAGAUGGUGGUGUGGCAGCGGGAGUGGCAGUUUUGGACAACCCAUUCCCCGUGUGAGGGCAAGGCCUGAACUUUACUCAAGAGACCUUCUGGCCUCUGCACUUGUCAUUCCUCUCCUAGCCCUCCUGAGGGGCCAACAUCCCCUUCCUACCUUCAGGAGACUGCUGUCUUCCAGAGACCUCCGAGAUGAACAGGGAGGGGGAAUCUGGGUUCCUUCUCUUGGCUCCCCAUCAUCCGAGGCCCAGAACAGGUAUUUCCCUAAAGGCCUCUAGUGGCCCUCACAUCUGUGCAGGACGGGAUUACUGCUCUAGGUGAAAGUCCAUAAACUCUGCCUUGCUCCUGCUGCCUCCUUGUCAGCCCUUCUAUCAGGUUUCAGUGCCUGACUUGGCUGGGACUAAGUGGGGCAGAAGAAGCGGAUGGAUGGGCAUAGACUUUCUCCAGCGCUGCCUUAAAUAAAGCAACACUGCUUAUUCAGUGA